AUGCUCACGGAUUUUCACAAGGUGAAUCACUUCCCACGGUCAUACGAACUGACUCGAAAAGACAGAUUGGCCAAGAAUGUGCAACGAAUGCAACAAAUAAAAGGACUACGGCAGUUUGACUUUGUACCCCAAACCUAUAUCCUUCCGGAAGAGUUUCGUGACUUUUGCAAAGGUUUUAUGCAAGAUAAAGGCCCAUAUAUAGUAAAACCAAUCGCUUCAUCACGUGGCCGGGGUAUUCAUAUAGUUUCGCAUCCGGAAGAAAUCCCAUAUGAGGAACCGGUUAUCGUUUCCCGGUACAUUUCUAACCCUUUCUUGUUGGACGGAUUCAAAUUCGAUGUCCGCAUCUACGCAGCCGUAACUUCCUAUGAACCCCUUGUGGUGUAUAUCUACGAAGAGGGCUUGGUUCGUUUCGCCACCGUUAGAUAUCAGGUGGGGAAUAAGCAUUUGAAAACACAAUGUAUGCACUUGACCAAUUACAGUGUGAAUAAAAAAAACUUUGAAUUUGUUCAAAAUGACGAUGCGAAUGUGGAGGAUUUUGGAAACAAAUGGUCAUUGGGUGCACUUUUGAGAUUUCUCAAAUCUGAAGGAGCAGAUGUGACCGGAUUGAUGGUUCGUAUAGAAGAAAUCAUCAUCAAGUCGUUUUUAUGCGUCGUCAGUCCAAUCGCAUCUGCGUGCGCAAUGUUUCAAGCCUGUCGAUCCAAAUGUUUUGAACUAUAUGGAUUUGAUAUAAUCGUGGAUGAAGAUUUUCGACCUUGGCUAUUGGAGGUUAACUUAUCCCCAUCUUUGGCUUGUGACUCUCCGUUGGAUUUCAAAGUCAAAUCUCAUAUGAUUACCGAUUUAUUCAAUUUGGUUGGCAUUGUUUGUCACGAUCCGACCCGAAAAACCCAGGGCGGGAUGAACAGUUUGCACAUGAAAGCCGAUGGCCAUGCGGCAGUGCCACCAAAACAGCCCACCUAUUUCGUCUCAGCUGAGGAACAAAUAAACGAACGCGGUAAUUCGGCAGCGAACUCAAAACAUGAUUCCUUUGGACAUUCUGUAGCCCGAUCAAAUUCGUGCUGUAGCACAUCGGAUGGGGUGGCUAUCGGAUUGGCCGGAGUGGCUAUAUCACACCUCUUACCCAAAGGCGUUUCGGUCGACGAGACACGCUUGAUGCGACGACUCCAGGAGGAAUCAGCACGUGCUGGUGGUUGGAUUCGACUCAUUCCCAAUCCGGAAGUGUGGGAGCAGUACGCAAGUAUAUGGCCAAACGAUUCGACACCAUGGUACAUGAGCCACGACCGACGGUCUUAUGGCUAUGCUAUGGAUGGUAGCCGGACUUCCCUGACUGACACUGGACAUGGGGAACGUCGAUUCCCGCCCAACUCACUUCUAGCAUCUGCGUUCACAGCCUCCAUGGCUGUAACCACAUUAUAUGGUUUGGUCACGACUGUUUACUCACACGAGGCAUCUGAUAGUAGUGACGGCGAUUCAGAUGCGGAUUCCGACUCCUGGUCACAGUCAAGUAACACGACUAGCUCGCCUCGAACACGAAUCCCAUGCGCCGGACAGCUUAAAUUUUUGCACCCAAACAGCUCUACUAUUAGUAUUGAUCUAACGACCUACCUGCAUCAUCUGGCUAAUCAUCGUGGUUCGGGGGACUUUCAGCCGGCACUUGUCCACGGCCCUCGUGUGCCUAGCCGAAAUGCUGUAACUAGGCCUAGACUUGCAUUGCAUAACAUGCCUCACGGUCAGAUGCAAGGGUGUUUGAAUAGUCUGUUAAUGGGUGAAUUGGAAUCGACCGAGAUUCCUCGAGAACAAUGUCAAAGAGUGAUUGUCUGUUACACGCAUACUCUCGGUCACAUGCCGUUUUUCUUACGAAAAUUGGGGGAACCACCGGUUCAUCUACCCGGAGUCUGUUUGCGACCGGGUUGCAAACAUGAUCGAGCCAGACACACUACUCCAUGUGGGAUUUACCAGGGUACUCGAUACCCUGAAUCAAACCCGCCAACUCAUAUCGAUCCCGCUCGUUCCGGGCUCAAUCCGGAGGAUCUGAUUCCGAGUAAUAAACUCGAUUCGCCCGGUCCAUUACACAAAGCCCCGAAUAGGCAUAGUCGCAUGGACGGUGCUCAUAGGAACACACAAGAACAUGAAUCAUUGGAUUCAAAAAGCGGCACAUUUGACCUGGACCCUGCGAAACUUUCUGCCACCCAGGCGAGACAUGCGUUCGCAGCCUAUUUAUCUCGAAUUCAAUCGCGCAUGUUAUUUGAAUCAAAACAACCAAUGUCUCAGUUGAUUCAUAGUCGCACGGCACUGCAAAAAGAACACAAACAAGUGGAUUUGAUGGUACGCCACUAUCUGUUGCAAAGAUGGCUUUAA